AUGUCGGGCAGAGCAGCUUUGCAGACAGACCCAUCACAGCGGCUUUUGCUCCUCACGACGCAGGAGGCCUUGGACAUGUCAGGCUAUAACAAAGAUAUCCAUACACGGCAUGUAGGCACGUUUGUCGGACAGGCUACCGAUGACUGGCGCGAACAUAACAUGGCGCAGGACGAUCCAUACUACGUAACAGGGGGUCUGCGCGCUUUCGGGCCCGGCCGUCUGAAUCACUUCUUUGGAUGGGAUGGCCCAUCAGUCUCGGUAGACACGGCUUGCUCCUCUAGUGCCAUGGCUCUCGAUUUAGCCGUGCAAUCUCUUCGGGGACGCAAGUGCAACAUGGCUAUUGCUGGCGGGGCCAGCAUCAUCUCGGGUCAUGGUGAUGCCGGCAUGUACGCGGGUCUCCGUUGCGGCGGAUUUCUGGGAGCUUCAAACACAGCCUGCAAGACCUUCGACGCUACAGCUGACGGCUACACGCGAGCUGAAGCAGUGGCCGUCGUCAUUCUGAAGCGUUUGAGCGAUGCAAGAAGAGAUGGGGACAUGGUUCAUGGUGUCAUUAGGGGCAUCGUCACGAAUCACUCGACGGACAUGAAUCCCAUUACCCGCCCGUCUGCAGAAGCUCAGAAGUCCUUACUUCGUCGUGUUCUAAGCGAGUCGCUGAGACAACCCGAAGAUGUGGCUUAUGUCGAGCUACAUGGAUCCGGGACCCAGGCAGGCGAUCUUGCAGAGGUUGAAGCCGUAGCGACUGUUCUUGGAGGUCCGCGUCGUCGCCCUAAGGGUUCACAAAACAAACCAGCCAGCGAACUACGAAUCGGCAGCAUCAAGGCCAACAUUGGGCACAGCGAGGGUGCAGCGGGCAUAUCAGCUUUGGUCAAGACGCUGCUCAUGAUCCGCCAUGACCGAGUUCCUCCACAUAUCGGGCUCAGGACGGAACUGAACCAGAAUUUCCCUCCGCUGGGAGAGUUGGAUAUGGUCAUCAACUCGAAACCUGAACCCUUGAAGCUACUCGAAAACCCUUCUAAACAACGUCAAUACCCACCAGCUAUCAUACUCAACUGCUUUGGAGCAGCUGGUGGGAACACCAGUAUACUUGUGGAGGGCUCGAAGAAACACUCAAAAUCGACCAAACCCCACCAAAAGAUCAAUGGAACAAGACCACAGUACAGAAUUGUUGUGGUUUCUGGCAAGAGCUAUUCCGCUCUUCAAACCAACAAAAUGAGACUCCUUCGAUUCUUUGGGAAGGGCCCCUCUGCUUCGAUUGAUGAUGUGUCUUACACCACAUGUGAACGAAGAAGUCACUUUCCAUACCGCGCCGCAUACAGGGCUAGGAACACGACGGAGGUUAUCAAACUUCUCCGUGACGACUCCAGAUACACGAGUGAAGCAUCGCCUCAGUUUCGACAAACCCCACAAGCGCCGCACAUUGUCUUCGUGUUCUCUGGGCAGGGAGGGAAAGUUGCUGGGUCGGCUCAGUCGUUGUACGACAGCAACAUCGCGUUUCGGGAAGCUUUGGACGACUACAGCCAACUCAGUGAGUCCCUAGGCUUCUCCGGGGUCUUGAAUUAUCUCGUUACCCCAGAUACAGCACGAGCCUCGCCGAGCACCGUUUUAGAGCAGGUCGCACUCGUCGUGUUCGAGCUUGCUCUCAGCAAGAUGUGGAAGAGUUGGGGCGUUCAGCCCGCGACUGUGCUUGGACAUAGUCUGGGAGAGUAUGCGGCUCUCCACUUGUCUGGCGUUCUCCCUGCAGCGGAUGCCAUUUGGCUCGUGGGCAAACGUGCAGGCUUAGUGCAAGAAUCUUGCGAGCUUGAUACCCACCGAAUGCUGGCUGUGUUGGCCGAAGAGGAACAACUCACUCCGUUCCUAGGAGAGCACGCAGUCGAGGUUUCAUGCAAGAAUUCGCAAACACAGACUGUAGUUGGUGGGCCACUCGACAGUAUCUUGCAGUUGCAAAGCCGUCUCAAGGCACAUGGCAUCAAAAGUGCCUUGGUCAAGACACCAUACGCCUUCCACACGGGUCAGAUGAACGGGAUCCUAGAGAAUCUGCUUGAAGUUAAUCAACUUUGUGUCGACGGUGACAGGAUCGUUGAUUGA